AUGGAUGAACAAAACAGACACGAGUCCGCCAAACCUGAAGAUAACCUAAGUGUAUCAAAUAUUUCAGUCCAAAUAGUAAAUGCAGAAGAGAAAUUGGCAAAGAAGAUACUUGCAAGGAAAAACUAUGGCAAAUCCAAAUCUAAGAGGAAAGUAAAGAGAACAAUAUGGAAUUUUCAAAAUAAAAUAAUUCUUUUUACGCUGGUUCUGUUUGUGAUAGGUGUUAUAACUUGGACCUUACUGUGGCUCUUCAUUGUUGAAGCAGAAAACAAAGAUGCCUUGUAUUUCGUUGGAUUAUUUCGUGUAGCCAACAUAGAAUUUCUCCCGGAAUAUAGGCAGAAGGAGUCAAGAGAAUUCCUCUCAGUGGCACAGAACGUGCAGCAAGUGCUCUUCCAGAUGAACUUGGUUUACACAACCUCUGCUUUCUCCAAAUUUUAUAAACAGUCCAUUGUUUCCGAUGUCAGUAACAACAACAAUGGAGGCCUUCUUAUUCAUUUCUGGAUCGUAUUUGUGGUACCACAGGCUAAAGGCCAAGUGUUCUGUGAGGACUGUGUGGCUGCCAUUUUAAAGGACUCUAUUCAGACAAGUAUCAUCAACCGGACCUCAGUGGGGAGCCUGCAAGGGCUUGCAGUCGACAUGGACUCCAUUGUGUUGAGUGCUGGGCUACGAUCAGAUUAUUCAUCAACAACUGGAACAGGAACAAAUUGCAUAUAUGAUCUAUAUGCAGAUCGUCUGCAUCAGCACUUUCCACUGGACAUCACUGCUACCUCCGGGAGGAUGAUUUGUUAUUUCAAACUGAUUGCAUUAGUGGGCCAUCUAAUUCGUCUCUCAAUAGCAUCUAUUCACAUUGAAGCAGAUAAUUGCAUCACUGACUCACUGACCAUUUAUGACUCCUUGAUGCCAAUCAAAAGUAAGAUACUCUACCGAAUUUGUGAACCAACCAUCUCAUUAAUGUCAUUUGUUUCCACAAAUAACCUGAUGCUGGUAACGUUUAAGUCAACACAAAUACAGCAACUGAAGGAAGUUCAUGGGUACUUUGAGGUCAUUACACAAGAAAAAUGUGGAAAAACGAUAUUGACAAAAGAGAAAACUGGCUUUGAGGGGCGAAUUGUGAGUCCAUAUUAUCCAAGCUACUAUCCUCCAAAAUGCAUUUGUACAUGGAACUUUCAGACUCCUCAGAAGAGCCUGGGCAUAGCACUGAAGUUUCAUAACUACACUAUCAGUGAGAAGAGCAUCAAGGGCUGUGAGCGGGGAUGGUGGAGAAUUAAUGAACACAUGUACUGUGGUUACUACAUUGAUCACCAAACCGUUUUCCAUGUUGCAAGCUCUGUAGUUAACAUUGAGCUUCAGUGUAGUUCCAAGCUCUCAGAGCAGCCGCUUCUGGUGGAAUAUGGCAGCUACAACAUCAGCCAACCAUGUCCAGCCGAGUACUUCAAAUGUUCCACUGGCCUAUGCAUUGAGCAGGCUCAGCGUUGUGAUGGCGUAAAUGACUGCUUUGAUGAAAGCGAUGAACUCUUUUGUGCUGUGCCCAAAGAGAACUGUAAUGCCAGCUUCUUGAUGCAGUAUACUUCACUUGCCUGCAAUGGAAUACAUGACUGUGAGGAUGGCAGAGAUGAGCAGAACUGCACCAAAAGUAUUCCUUGCGCCAACCAUACUUUCAAGUGCAGAGAUAAUAUUUGCAUUAGAAAGCAAAAUGCAAAGUGUGAUGGGACAGCGGACUGUCUUGAUGGAAGUGAUGAAAGUAAUUGCAGUUGCGGCAGCAGUAAAAUCAGCAAUAUCUACCAUCGAAUCAUAGGAGGCUCUGAUGCACAAGAAGGUGAAUGGCCCUGGCAAGUCAGCCUCCAUUUUGUUGGAGUGGCUUAUUGUGGGGCAUCGGUGAUCUCUAGGGAAUGGCUUCUGUCGGCAGCUCAUUGUUUUCAAGGAAACAGGCUAUCCGAUCCUCGAACUUGGACUGCGCACUUAGGCAUGCGCACUCAAGGAAAUGCCAAGUUUGUGUCUGCAGUGAGAAGAAUCAUUGUUCACGAAUAUUAUAACAGCAGAAACUAUGACUAUGAUGUUGCACUGCUACAGCUAAGCAUGCCAUGGCCUGACACAAUGAAACACGUCAUUCAGCCGAUCUGCAUACCUCCACUUUCACAUAAAACACACAGUGGUGAGAAGUGCUGGAUAACAGGCUGGGGUCAAAGGCAAGAAGCAAAUAACCAGGGUUCACCAAUUCUGCAGAAAGCGGAGGUAGAAAUUGUUGACCAAACAUUGUGUCAUUCCACAUAUGGGAUUAUCACAGCCCGGAUGCUAUGUGCGGGGGUAAUGUCUGGGAUGAAAGAUGGCUGCAAAGGUGAUUCUGGAGGACCCCUGUCAUGUCGAAGCAAUGGUGAUGGACGGUGGUUUUUGACUGGCAUUGUUAGCUGGGGUUAUGGCUGUGGAAGACCAAAUUUCCCUGGUGUAUACACAAGGGUGUCAAAGUUUUCUCCGUGGAUUCACAGAUAUGUGCCUUUGGUUUUGUAAUCUGGAAAUGGUCAAAUGGCAACAAAAAGUAUAUUGUAUCUGGAUUAUCUCCAUUAAAAUCACAUUAAUAAACAGUUGGUGGAUGUUCAAUUUUUUUGCAUGCAUCAGAGAUCACACAAAUGCCUUAGCUUCAAAAUGUCCACACAUUCUAUUUAUUGAAAUAGAGAAUACAGGGCAUCUGUUCAGAUGGAGGGUGAGAUUGUAUUUUGCAUGUCUGGAAAGCCUAGUGCAAGGGAUGUUUAAGGUAGACCACAGGUAUGCUAGGACAAAUAACUGUCAACUUUUCAAAACAAUUAUGGACAGAGCAAUGACUGCAAUGGGAAAUGACCAUGCAAGUCACAACAAUUGUGCAGUUUUGGCAGAAGAGUCAUAGAGUUAAAGGCCAGAAGGGAGCACCAGAUCAUCUACUCUGACUUCCUGUGUAUCACAGGCCACCAACAGC